UGUUGUUUUUUAUUUUCUGGGUUUGGUGACAUGUUCCUCAUCAGCUUGCUGGAGCUUCUCUCUUGAGACUCUUGUAGAUGAGAAGUUGAUGUUGCGUUUCUUGUGAACGUUAUAUCAAGUUUUAUCAAUUGUGUGUUUUGAAUCUAUUGUGUUUUGAGUUCUCUGUUUUACGUUAACAAUGGUAUCAGAGCAUCGUCUUUCCUCGGAAUCAAUGACAGAAGAGGAUGUGGCUCUUGUAACGGCGGAAUCAUUGGGGUUAAGAGUUAGGAAGAUUCGUCGGAGAAUUUCAUGGGAAGAGUUUAACGAGAGAUGGUUCAAAGGCCUUUGUAUGUUUUGCGAUGAAUUGGAAACUCCAGAUCACCAUCUUCUUCACAAGAAUUCAGGAAUUCUCAUUAUGAAUUGUGAUCAAGAUGAAGCGCUCGAUGAUGAAGAAUUGGUUGAAACUGAAGUUGCAACAAAAUUGAUUGAAAAUGAGGAUCGAGUAGUGAACAAUGAAGCAAACACAAAAGCGAUUUCAGCAAUUGCUAAAAAGAAUCGAUUCCACCAUUUCAGAUGGUGACAAAGGAGGAAUCAGUUGUGGAAUCUACUUGUGUUCAGCAUGCGAACUUGGUUUUACAACAUCAGGUUCCAAUUUCAUCUUUGGAACAUAGCCUUAAUUUCUGUAAACCAACUUUGGAUGUUUGUGAGGAGUUGUCAUACACAUUUGCAAUGGUGGGAAUCGAUCAAGUUCAAUUUCAAUCUGGUUUUGAAUGUGUAAAAGGCAAAGACAGUGCACACCAUAUGUUCGACAGAAUGCUUCUUAGGGGAUACAAAUCACAACAAAGGAAGAAACUGAGUUUGUUUCCUAAGUUCUGGAAGUUCAAGUACAAAGAAGUCAAAUUGUUGCGACUUCUACCACAAACUGAACACUAUAAUCUCAGGGGAGGAAUGAUUAUCAAGCAACUUCAUGAGAAUAGUCCAGUGUAUUAUGGUGUUGAUCAAAAGACAGGGUAUGAGUUAGACAUGUUUGGUUGGGACUAUAUGAAGCGAGUAACUCCGGAUUAUAGCAAAGUGAAGGGUAUGUGUGAAGUGACCGAGUUCGAAGGAAUCAAGUCAAGAGGAAAAUUCACUGGUUUUGUCUUAGUAGUGGCUGAUUGCUAUGAACAACCAACAGGUGGAAAAAAUGGUGCAGAUCAUGGAUGUUCAAAUUCAGAAAAACUAAGAACAAAGAAGAACACAAACCUGGUUAAAUCUUGGAUGUUCAAAUUUAGAAAAAAGAAGAGUGGUGAAGGUCAUGGAGAACAAUCUGUACAUGAUCGGAUUAUACUGGUGCAAGAGCAGCUGUUGCAAACCAGUUUGUUCAUUCAAGGACUCAUGCAAAAUAGAAAGACCAAGUUUCUCAAGCAUUGGUUGUUCAGAAGUGAUUGUUUCAAGAAAGAUGAUCUGUUGUAUCAUGAAACACUUCAAAUAUGGCCAUUUAUCAGAUUCAAGUUCUGGAAGUUCAAAUUCUUGAACAGAAAUUUGCAGAAAACCGGUUUACCAAUAGAGAAGGAUAUGGGAAACCAAGAUGAGAUGUUCAUUGUGAUGAGUGUAUUCUUGCUGUUGAAUGGAAUGGAUCAUUCUUUCAGUGAUAAGGUAUUGAUCCAGCUGCUGGAAUGGGGAGAUUGUGCAGAGGAUUGGACUCAAAAAAUGUCUGUUGUCAUCUGUUUUAUCUUGAGGAAAUAUUUACACUUGAGUUUUGAUUGUGAAGAACAUGUGUUAGCUAGACCAAAGAGGAAUCAUGGUCUUUCUCUUGGAUUGCAGACAAGGUGUUUCACACAUUAUGCAGCAACCGGGGAUGUACAGAAGAUUGUGGGCAAUGUGGCUCCUAAUGUUGAGAGGUUCCAAAUCAAACACAAAUGGCGAUUUAAACUCUUGCCAUCAAUCUUAGAGCUUAAUAUUGAGUGUGGGGUUGUUUACAACUAUAAGAACCAGCUAAUCUCUAUAGCCUUCAAAUGGAGUAUACAAUGGCAGUUUCCUUGUCAAAUCAGUAGUCCAUUCACUACCAAACCUUGAGGUCAAGGUUUCUUGAAAGGGGAGAUUUGAUACAGGAAAUGAGAUGAAUGGCUCAUGUGGAAGAAAGGGUGACACGUGGAGUUUAAUGGUUGGUGGAAGUGAGGAAAAAUAUGUGGAGCUAUGUGAUCGGAGCAAGCAGGCUUUAAGAGGGAACUAUUCAUCAUCAUCUUCAUUAUGCAAAAACAGAAUCUGAGAAUUGUAGUUUGUUUUAUCUUCUUCUUCGUUUCUUCUCCGUGUGAGACUAUGGUGUUGUACUCAUCUUGAUUGAGAUCUCUCCGUAAGAUCUUUGUCAUUUGAGAUAUCGGCUUGCGUUUUAUGAACGUUAGCUCGAUUGGUUACAGUAACGAUUUGAAUUGAAGUAUUGGUGGUUUUUUUCUUUAUCAAAGGUAUCAGAGCAUUGAAUUGUUCAAUAAAUUCAAUAAAAGGUAUUAAGUAUUGUAUUCUCCAAUCAUGUACCGGCCACCUUAACGAUUGUAUUGUCCACAAUAAAUUGUUCAUCAAGUGUAAACUGUUGCAGGCAUUGUAAAAUUGGUAUUUGUUGUUCCUUGCAAUCUUUUGUGUCAAACAAAAAUGCCUCUGCUUGAUAUUCCCUUCUUGAUAAGCUGUACGACACUUCAUGCUGCAGCAGAACAAAGAGACAACACAAGCACAUUCUGAACUUCAAUCUCCAAUAACGCCACACCGCCAAAUACUCUGCAAUUUUGUGCAUGGUCGGAGAGUUGUUCUGCAGGCCUGCCCUCAAGAGAGGUUGUUUUGCAGCCACAUUCAGAAAUGGAAAACUCCCAGGCCCAUCAUCGCUUGAAUUCUGCAUCAAUCCUAAGAAUUCAUACGCCUUACAAUCCCAAGGACUGACCAAAUUCAACAACACCAUCCCCGAAAUUGAUUGUAGGAACCCAAAUCCCCCUUUGUUCGUCAACUGUAGCAGCACCACUCCGCACCCCAGCUGUUGUACUCCAAACUGUGCCAGAAUCCUUUGAAAAUUCAAAUCUUUGAACCUGAAUUUCCAAGUCUUAUGAAACUUAGGUACCUUCCUUUGCAAAUUCAUAUGGAUGACACAAAAGAGAAACUGACAAGGCAGCUUGUGAGCAAUAAAUUUCAUUUCACCAACAACAACACCAAAAGCAGUUUGGGCAACAUCAAUAACAGAAUCAGAUUGUAAUUUCACCAAGAGAUGCACAAACUCUAUCAAGGCAACCACUUCUGAUA